AUGGCUGUUGUCCUGCUGGCCAUGGGCGGAUACGGCAGCUGGCUGGGGUGGCAGAUCCGCGUCUCCGACGACGGGGAACUGAUUGCCAAGGCCAAGGACCUGCACCCCAAGCUGCUGGGCGGCGCCUUCGUGUUCUUUUCCCUCGGCGCCGGCAAGCCCAUCCUCGAGAGCCCCCACGCCAUCACCGGCUUCACGGGCCUCGGCCUGCUCGCCUUCCAGGCUAUGUUGCCCUUGUUUUUUGAGGAGGAGCCUGGCGCCCGCACUGCGCACGCGUUCUUCGGCACCGGCAUCAUGGGCCUGCUCUUCUUCCACAUGUUCCUGGGGAUCCAGCUCGGCCUCAGCAUCUGA